AUGGCUACAAUGAAAAUGUCUCAAAUGUUAUCUGUACCCUUAAGUCGAGUACGAUCACCUAAACUUAAACGUCAAACACCUAUUGAUGAUGAAAUUGAUGGUCAACAACAUAAUCAACCACCUAAAUCGAUUGCGUCUGAUUAUGAAUCGAACUCAUCUCGUUCUCUAUCACCAUAUUGGCGUAUUGUUAUGGAUCCUGAAUCUUCAUCAAGUUAUUUAGAUGUACCUGAAACAACGAAUAAUAGUCGUCGAUCAUCAAAUAAUAGUGUUGUACGGUUUACUCCACAUGAUGGCUCUGAUCUAUGUUCUAUUCUUGAUAUGACUUACGAAUCAGAAAAUCUUGAAAAAGCAAUUAUUAGUAAUGAUAAAUAUACUGUACGUCGUAUUAUUGAUAUUCAUCAAAAUAAAUUUAAUUUUAUCAAAGACCGUACAAGUUUAGUUCAAACACAAACAGGUUUUCCUGUACAUCCAAUGCCACCAGCACAACCGCCACCACAUCCAACAGCAUCAUUUGGUUCGCCAUCCAUAACAAGUAAUACAGAUUUAUUAGAAGGUGUAAGUAAACAAGCAUUAAUUAGUAAUGAUAUUGAUGAAUUACCAACAAUAUCAACUCCAGAACAAACUAAUUCAAUGUUUGAUGCACCCAGUAGUGUAUUAACAUAUACAACUGGUCCACUUGCAGCUGCAUUAAUUAAUUAUCAUCAUCAAACAUAUCCAAAUAUGCAUGUAACAUCAAACUCAUCAACAAUGAAUGUUGGAUCACCAAUAAAUGAACGUAUUGAAAAUGAAUAUGAUUCAAUGUUUACAGCACCAACAAGUUUAAAUAAAGAAUUAAAUUAUCCACCAAGUGAUUCACCAAAUGAUGCACCACCUAUCUUUCGAAACGUUUUACAUGUUGCUAUUAUGUAUGAUGCUCGUGAUGUUAUGCGUAUUUGUUUAAAAUAUGGUAUUGAUCCAAAUGCACCCGGUAUACAUCCAAAUACAAGAAAUAUUUCAUCAAAUUCUCAAACACCAACAUCAAAUUCAUAUUCACAUUCAAGUACACGUUUAUCACCGGAUUUACCACGUGCAUCACCUUGUCGUAAUGGUACGUUAGAUUAUAAUACGUAUUAUACUAAUGAACGUUUAUUCACAUUGCCACCUUUAUUUCUUGCUGCACAACGUAAUAAUCAUUAUGCAUGUACACUUCUACUUAAAUAUGGUGCAAAUGUUAAUGCACGCGAUGAACAAUAUUGUAGUCCACUACAUUUAGCUGCACGUUUACAACAUGAUGUAUGUGAUAUACUUAUAUCUCAUCAUGCUUGUAUAACAAUAUCAAAUAAAUAUGGUGAUACACCAUUAUCACUAUGGCCAGCAGUUAAACAAUUACAAAUAGCUUUUGUUGAACGUGAAUUUAAUAAAUUAUGUCGUAAACAUUCAUCAGUAUCAAAACGUUAUCGUUUUUUAUCACGUGACAAUAAUAAUGAUCAAUAUCAAACGAUAUCAUCAAUGAAUAAUUAUAAUAAUGGUUUGGUACCAGCAAAUGGUUUAAAAAAUUUAAAACGUGUUUUUCGAUAUAGUGGAAGUGAUUCAUAUGAUUCAAAAUCAUUUAAAAAAAGUCUUUCAUCACAAAGUUCAAUUGGAAAAUCAAAACGAUUAGCUGGUAGUAGUUUACAUACACAUGGACCAGGAACAUCUAUAGGUCGUAGUGUAUCUCGACAAGUUUCUGAAGAACGUGAUGAUGUUGAUAUGCCACAUUUUGGACGAACAUCAAAUAGUAAACGUAAAGUAUGUUAUCAAAUUUAUUCUUUUAAUCAAUAG